UACCGGACGUCGCACCGCCCACGAGAUCGAGGACAAAAACAAUCGGCAUCCCCUUUGACAGAGGAAUACAAACAAGAGGAUCCGAGCGAAUUUAGAAACUUUUGAGCUCGUUUCACCGACCCGGACGGCUGUAAGGGAGAAAUGGUCUCUCCGGUGACAGUGGUGAAGAGCGAAGGGCCCAAGCUGGUGCCGUUCUUCAAGGCCACCUGUGUGUACUUUGUUCUGUGGCUGCCCACCUCCAGCCCGUCCUGGUUCAGCGCCCUGAUCAAAUGUCUGCCCAUCUUCUGCUUGUGGGUCUUCCUGCUGGCUCAUGGGUUCAGCUUCCUUUGUGCUCAUUCCAGCGCCCGCAAGAUCUUGGCCGGUCUCAUCUUUUCAGCUUUAGGUGAUGCCUUUCUCAUCUGGCAGGAGCAGGGCUACUUUGAGCAUGGGCUUCUAAUGUUUGCCAUCACCCACAUCCUGUAUUCGUCUGCCUUCGGGAUGAAGCCGAUAAACGUGCAUGCUGGCCUGGUGAUCUCCGCUGCAUCUUUCCUGUGCUACCUGCUGCUGUACCCUUACCUGUCCGGGCCCUUCACCUACCUGGUGGCCGUCUACAUCGCUCUGAUCGGCUUCAUGGGCUGGAGAGCCAUCGCCGGCCUACAGCUGGCCAACGACCUUUGGACCUGGACCAAGCUUUCCGCCUGCCUGGGCGCCGUUCUCUUCAUGGUCUCUGACCUCACCAUCGCUGUCAACAAGUUCUGCUUCCCUGUUCCCCACUCUAGAGCCAUCAUCAUGGCCACCUAUUACGCCGCCCAGAUGCUCAUUGUGCUAUCAGCCGUCGAGUGCCAGGAUGUGGAGGCCGCCCGGAAGAGAACAUGAAAAGAAGACCUAUCUGAACAUGGGAAAGUGGCUCCAACUCCAGCCCUGAGAGAUCAUGGACACAUCUCACUGCCAGAUCCCCAACCACCGGCCUUCAUCUCAGUUUGGUGCUCCUACACUAUUGUUACCGUGGCGAUCAAUCCACCACAUGACUAUCACCCUGCUUUCCCACAAGUGUGGUAGUCUCUUGUAAAUAAGAUAGUGGCACUAUCUUCAGCUUCUCCGCGAUGCUCCAAACCUAGAUGAGGUUGUGUCUCUACCUGGUCACCAUGGAGACAAGCGUAGAAAUAUUAACAUGUGAUGUACAGAGCAUUACAGCGCAUUUACCUGUUCUGAUUUAUGGGGAGCAGGUGGUUGGGUGUCUUUGGGGAGUGUGUUUGGGACAGAUGUGUGUGUGUGUGUGUGUGUGUGUGUGUGUGUGUGUGUGUGUGUGUGUGUGUGUGUGUGUGUGUGUGUGUGUGUGUGUGUGUGUGUGUGUGUGUGUGUGUGUGUGUGUGUGUGUGUGUGUGUGUGUGUGUGUGUACAUGAUUGGUAAACAUACUUCGUUUUCCACAUGGUCCUUUCACACACAUUGAACUCCCACCACAGGUUUAUUCUUUAAGUGGUCCAAAAACACACUUAUGUAUUUAUCUAUGUUGUUUUUUGUUUUGUUGUAUGAAGGGAUUAUUUUUAGUCCUUUAUCAUGUAGUUUUUUCUCCAUCUGUUCCUCCGCGCUCCCCUGCCUCAAGGGUGCUAAUCUUAGAGCAUGGGAUCAUAUUCACAACCGUUUUAUCGUCUGCAGUCCCGAUCAUUUCACUUUCACCAACCACGCUGCCUUUGUUUACUAUCCACGCUCCCAGUUUUCUAUUGAUGACAAUACUUUAUAUAUUUAAAUCUUUGAAUGGAGACAUCGUGGAGUAAAGAGAUGAAAGGAGGAUGAGUGACUGAGAUGAAACCGGAGGAGGAAAGGAGAAAAACUAAUAAAACCUGUGUUGUAGCUUUAGACAUUGAAUCCUAUGAGAGGUUGAGAUGUUGGUGAUGUCAUGCAGACAUCCUACGAAGCCUCUCUGCAGUCAAAGCAGCUCCUGGACACAUCCUAGCCUGGUGUUUAGUUCACCCACAUCACCUUUUGGUGUUGAGUCUCUCAGACCUUUGAUUUGUUUUCCAGCAGCUUUUUUAUUUUAGAUUAUUUUUUGCUCAGAAUCGUAUCUUCAAAUACGCCUGACCCAUAGAGCUCCCGCUGGCUGAGUUAUUGGGAAAAGUUUGCGGGGAUCUUAUUGUUGGACCAGCUCAGCUGACUCGUGCUGGUAAUGACCUUGUUAUGAACGCUGAAAAGAAAGGGCUUUGUUAUUGGCUGGAGUCACUGUGUUUGUCAGCCCUGAGUGUGUGUGUGUGUGUGUGUGUGUGCAUGCUAAAGGCACCAUGCAACAAAAGGGUCAAGCUGGCUGAAGGAAAACGUAAAAAGAGAAGAACUCAAGAGAAGUGGCUUGUCAUGUGAGGGAACAGUUAUUCCCAGUAAUUCCUUCUCACUGGACACUUCAUCAGCUUUAAUCCUGCAAAAUCCUCCACAGCUAAUCCCUAACUAGUCCCUUCAUAGUUUCUCCUUCUCAUCUUUCAUUUGUUUCAUCUUCUUCUCUAAUGAAGUGUCUUAUUGAACUUGCACUUCUGUAAUGCUUUAUUUUUUUGCUGUAUAUAUUUAAAACGUGUGUGUGUGUG